AGGCGGAGGUGGUGGCAAGGGCACCCUCGGAUGCAGGCGGGCACAGCGGGGACGAGAGAAUCGGCUGCAUGCACGAGUGACCCUUAUGAGACGAAGGGUGACCUCUGCUGCGCGGCCUCCGGGAGCCGCGGCGGGGCGAGGUCCAGGCGAGCGGGCGGGCUCUGGAGGAGAAGGAGGAAAGGAGGAGGAGGGAAAGGAGCAGGCAAGCCAGCACCAGAGGCCACUCCGGCGAAGGGACACUCCGGCGCGCAGCCGCGAGGGCAGCGCGGGCAGCUUGACACUCUCGGUCGUGCAUGGUGCGGGCGCCCGCCUGCGGGGCCGGCGCAGACAGAGCGGCGGCCUCGGCAGGACAGCACCAACUGGGGGCGGGCGCGGCGAUUCCGGAAGCGCGUCGGGGAGCCGAGGACGAAGGAGGAGGAGGAAAAACAGAAGGAGAACAAAGGGGAGGAGAGGAGGGUUUAAACAAUCAGCAGAACAGCAGGCUGACACACUGCAGUGGGCGCCGUAGAUUAGCUAUCAUUUUCCGUUGGGCGGGGCAGCCCGCGAGCUCAGGAGACUGUGCAGGGGGCCUGCGGGGCAGCGGGAUAACACCAACGAGAAGCUCCAGAUUGCAGACCGUGGCGAGGGCGAGCAAAAACAGCCAACUCCGACGACGACGACGCUGAGAGCAGCGGCGGUGAGGACAUCGACGGCAGCACCAGAGCGUAUGACAUCAGUGCGUCAACAGGGAUGCCAACUGGCGAUGGUAUCGACUGGCGGCGGGGAUUCCGUCGGCGACAGCGGCGGCGGCAGCGAACGAUGAUGAUGAUGAGGCCUGUCCCAACGAAGAUUGUGCAAAC